AUGGAGGACAAAGUGGUGCUUUUGGAUUUUUGGCCAAGCUCUUAUGGGAUGAGAGUGAGGAUCGCUUUGGCUGAGAAAGGGAUCAAAUAUGAGGCCAGGGAGGAGAACUUGGCAGACAAAAGCCCUCUGCUUCUAGAGAUGAACCCACUUCACAAGAUGAUCCCUGUUUUGAUUCACAAUGGAAAACCCAUUUCUGAAUCCCUCAUCCUUCUCCAGUACAUUGAUGAGGUUUGGCAUCACACAUCUCCCUUGCUCCCCUCUGACCCUUAUCAAAGAUCCCAAGAAAGGUUUUGGGCUGACUAUAUUGACAAAAAGAUAUACAGCCUGGGCAAGAGAGUGUGGAAGGAAAAAGGGGAAAAACAAGAGGCAACAAAGAAGGAAUUCAUAGAAGGUUUGAGAACCAUAGAAGGUGAGCUUGGAGACAAGCCUUAUUUUGGUGGAGAAGACUUUGGGUUUGUGGAUGUGGUGCUUGUUCCCCUCACCAGCUGGUUUUAUUCCUUUGAGAUAUGUGGGAAUUUCAGCAUAGAGGCUGAAUGUCCCAAGCUUGUUGGUUGGGCCAGAAGGUGCAUGGAGAGGGACAGUGUGUCCAAGUCACUUCCUCACCCUCAGAAAAUCUAUGCUUUUGUCUUGGAACUCAAGCAGAAAUAUGGGCUGUGA